UCUUGUUGCGCUGCCUUCCCUUGUCUGGGAGCGUCGCGGGGCUCGGGGCGGGGGCGGCGGCCUGCCCGGCGCGGGCUUCGCAUCGCUCGGCAGCGGCUUCUGCGGGGGACGCAGCCCCGAGGCGCCUCCUCUCCUCUCCGCCCGCCCCGCGGCUCGACGGUCUCCGGGACUUGGGCUCCGCCGCUGGCCCCGCAGCCCGAGAAAUGAGCAUUGAGACUCUGCUCGAAGCGGCCCGGUUCCUGGAAUGGCAAGCCCAGCAGCAGCAGCAGACGACGACGCCGACGACGCCACGUGAGGAAAACGAAAAGCAUGAAAAAGUUCGCCUGGAGCAUGAACAGGAACAGAAGAAGGCCAGCGUGCAGAGGGUUAACCAUGUCGUUCACUCAGAGGAGCCAAGCAACGAACUCCCCGCAGUCCCCUUGUCUCCGCCUGCCCCUGCUCCUCCCCCUCCCGCCCCUGCUCAGCUUGCAGCCCCCAUCUCGGUCAUUCCUAUUCCCGUGGUCACCAGCCCCCCCCAGCAGGCAGCCCAAAGCGCCUUGUCCCCACCCCUCAUCCAGCACCAUCAACCCCUUGUUGCCACUCCGGGCCUUGGCAAGGAAGCAGCCCUGGUGGCGCCCGUCAUACAGAGGACCUCUGGCCAGCUCCUGCCUGACAUCAAAGCUCCCACGCCCCCUUCCGGUAGCCCCAAGCAGCUCCCCCACUACGCCGCCCCUGUCCUGGCCAUUUCCCAGCACCACGUGGUCCAACAUUCCAUCCAGCCACAGCCCUCCUCGCAUCAGCCGCUGCAGCAGCAUCCGGUAGCGCCACAGCCGCUCAACACGCUGAAGCUGGCUCCGUUGGAAGAUGCCAAACCAAAUGAGCAGAAGAAAAGGCCUGGAGGGGUUGGCACUCGGGAGGUCCAUAAUAAAUUGGAGAAGAACAGACGCGCUCAUUUAAAAGAAUGCUUUGAGACUCUGAAACGCAACAUCCCCAACGUCGAUGACAAGAAAACCUCUAACCUCAGUGUCCUAAGGAGUGCCUUGAGAUACAUCCAGACUUUGAAGCGCAAAGAGAAGGAGUACGAGCAUGAGAUGGAGCGCCUGGCCCGAGAGAAGAUUGCCACACAGCAGCGGCUGGAGGAGCUGAAGAACGAGCUGAGCCAAUGGAUGGAUGUCACGGAGAUUGAGCGCAUCGUCCGGCAGACGGUCCAGCCAGAGGACGAUCAAGCCUCUACCUCGACUGCUUCAGAGGGUGAAGACAACAUAGACGAGGACAUGGAAGAUGACCGGCUGGUGAAUUCGUUGCCGAAGCUCACCCAUCGCCAGCACCCCGAGCUCUUGAAGCCUCUGCCCCCGAACGCUGCUUCAUACCACCCGUCUGUGCUGCCUCUCCCGCAGAAACACACCCCACCCCACACGCAGCCCCCCCUUCAGCCUCAGGCGCUGGUCCAGCCCCAAACCAUCGUCCCCGCACAGACUCACCUGGUGGCAGCCUCCACGGUGCAAUCGACUGUUAUCGCGCACACGGCCACCACCCACGCCUCCGUUAUUCAGACUGUCAAUCAUGUAAUUCAGGGCCCACAGCCCAAACACAUCGCGCAUAUUGCACCGUCCACCUCCAGCCCGGUCCAGCUGACCACCACAGCCCAGCCGAUCGGCCACAUCACUGUGCACCCGGCAACCCUCAACCAUGUGGCCCACCUGGGUCAGCAGCUCCCCAUUUACCCGCAGCCCGUGGCUGUCAGCCAGCCAGUGGUUAGCCACAUCACUCAUACUAUUUCUCACCAGCAAGUGAAUGGAACCACGAGCCUCGGCCAGCCAGCGGUCGUGGCCAAGCCUGCUGUAGGAACCCAAGUGGUCCAUCACCAACAGUUGGUGGGGCAGACGGUCUUGAACCCGGUAACUAUGGUCACCAUGCCUUCGUUCCCCGUAAGCACGCUGAAGCUGGCCUGAGAGAGUGGUUGGGAGCUGCAGCUGAAACUCCGUACAUUCCAAGUGCAUCCUUGUUCCAGAGGAAGAGAAGAAAACCACCACGAGUGCAGAAACUCUGCCCUGAGAAUCGUGCGAAAGAUCAGGCGGGAGGGGGGACUGGCGAGAAAAUACCCCCUCCCCCAUUCUCCCCUUUCCAUUUAUCUAAGCAACCCGGUAACUGAGAGAUUGGGUCCGCUCUGCACUUGCCCCCCCCUUUCAGAGAAAACGUUUAAUGGUCCUUCAUAGUGAUUAUUAAUACCCACCUUUUUACAUGUAAUCAAUGAGAAACAACUUAUAACAACAUUCUUAAGACUUUUUAAUUUCUUUUCCACCUCCCCCACCUUUUUUUUGAUGUGUCGCUUCUUUGUAGAAUUUUUUUAAUAAAAAAGGCUGAUCUCUUUAUCAAGACUUUGCAUAGAUUAAGAAAAAAGAAAAUCAUAGAAGAAUAUAAAUAUAUAUAAAUAUAUAUAUAUUUAUAUAUAUAUCUACCUGCCUAUAGCUACAUAUAUAUAUAAAUAUGGUUAUCAAUGAAGGCCAUUGAUAAAGGCGGAUUCUUUGCAGGAGUAUUUGACACCUUUUCUUCGGACUGAGAAGACAGAGCCUCAUUCUAAAAUUGGAACCUUCAAAGACAGAUGGUUUGGUGGACCAGGGUAAAAUCAUAUUUAAAAAAUGGAGCAUAACAUGUUACGGUAUUUCCUUUCAGUAUAUUUGCAUUUCAGUAAACCAUCUAUAAUCACUGUGACUUGUUAUGGCAUUUUAAAGAAAUACUCUGUCUAAUAAAAGGAGGAGAAAAAAGUUGGA